AUGUUCCCCAAGACUGCCCUCCUCGCCCUCGUUGGCGCCGCCGCCACCAUGGUCUCGGCCCAAACCGGCGCCUUCACUGCUAAACAGCUAGUGCAGUUCUCUCUCAACGUCGAGAACCUCGAGAGUGCCUUCCUCGCUGGGGGCCUCGCGAAGUACAGCGCCGCCGACUUUACCACCGCCGGCUUCACCAUCGCCAUCCGCGGUCGCUUCCAGCAGAUCGCGGACAGCGAGGCGCUCCACGUCGCGUACCUCACGAAGGCGAUCGGGACGGACGAUGCCCCCGUAGCGUGCACGUACGACUUCACUAGCGCGUACACCGACGUGACGUCCUUCGUCAACCUCGCCCAGAAGAUCGAGAGCAUCGGCGCGAGUGCCUACCUCGGUCUCGCGGGCGCCUUGAACGUCACCACCCUCAAGGAAGAUCAAACCACCCUCGUGCUCACUGCGGGCGGGUCCGUCGCCGCAGCGAAGGCCCGCCAGGCCGGGUGGAUCACGUCUGCCGUGCAGCAGAGGCAGCCCUGGGACGGCGCGUUCGAGACGCCGCUCACCCCCAGCGCCGCCUGGUCCCUCCUUGACAACUACAUCACCAGCUGCCCGGACGCGAACCCCGAGCUCCCCUUAAAGUCGCUGCCCACGCUCACCGUGUCGAACGCCGCGCCCUCCGCGGGCGACACCAUCACGCUCGGCGUCACGCUCAAGAGCGCGGCGGCGAAGCGGUACGCGGUCUGGAUCGACGGCCUCCGCGUCGUGUACUCGGAGAUCACGAACGGGAAGACGGUCGUGCCCUCGGGCCUGAGUGGCACCGUCUACGUCGGCGUCGUGCCGAGCAAGGACGCGGCGGACCUCGAGAACUACGUCACCGGCUUCGCCGUCGUUGACUUCCCCUUCGGUCCGACUGCGCGCAACGUCCUCUAGAGAAUGUUGGACUUUAACAUCCGGACUUGUCGUCACCAGUCUAUAGAGGCUGAGUGCAUCGUGGGCUCAUGUGUUUCUCCGUCUUGUAGACGUGGGCUUAGUUUAUAACCCCGUUUCCCGUUGUGUCUUGCCCUCCCUGUAGUCGC